CUACUCGGUCGCAGUGUGUUUCUUAUGUUAGCUUGUGUUAAUUGUUUACAAUUAACAAUAAAUAGUAAUAAAACAAAUAAACAGAAAUGUCAAUUUUGAAAAGUUUAAAAAAGUUAAAUCUACUGUAUGUUGGAUUGACAGUAAUUAUAUUUAUGUUUAUGAUAAAUAAAGUAAGUGGUACGACCAUUCUGCCAGCGCUUCCAUCAGAAAUUCAACAUGAUUUCGAAGAUGCAUAUGACAUGUAUGAAAUGAUGACAACUGAGGCUACGGAGAAUAAUGCGACUGCCGAAAAUAAAACAGAGAAACCAAUUGUCGGUAAUUACUGGAUGAUGAAAAUGGGUGAGAUUAAAGAAGAUUUAUUGCAUGUUCAAGCUGUUGUUGUUAAAGAUGAAGAUACUAAAGAAACAUCUUGCAUUGAAGGGAAAUUAAAAACCCGACGUCGUUAUUUGAUGUGUGCUGGGUCUAUUUUGCACCGCAAUCGUGUCCUUACGACAGCUUCAUGCUUACAUGAAGCCAUGCAUAUCAAACACAAUAUUCGUGCCCCACUUGCGGUAGUUAUUGCACCGAUGAAGUCAUCAAUACAGAUAAUUAGAGUUGCUGAAUACAAAAUUCAUCCAUCUCAUAAUACAAAUCCUUACAGUCCAGAUCAUAUGAAGCAUAAUAUCGCUAUUUUGAGUUUAGCUUGCAGAAUUUCAAAAGUUAAUUAUUAUAAAAUAAGUUUACCAACAGAACCUAUGACACAUAUUUGUACUGAGGAAAAUUGUGUACUUGCUAUUUUUAGAAAAACUAAACACGAAAUUGUGAUAUCUCAAAUUCAAGCACCGCAAGUUCCAUUAAAUGACCGGAGACGUAGAUCAAUAAAUGCUUUUAAUGAGUCCCUAAUUAUAAAUAACGUCAGCAGUUUAAUUAAUAAUAACAAUUAUAAUGAUACGAAAAAAUUAUCUAAGAGAUCUGCUGAUGGUACUAGUGGUUGUGCACAAACUGGCACAGCUGUUAUGGUUAAUCGUACACAGACAGCGAUUGUGGCGAUUUCUUGUGAUGACCGUCAAGAAAAUGGCAGUUGGUUUUACACGGAUCUUUUUCAUAAUAACGAUUGGAUAAGUGGAGUUCUUAAUGAUUGGAAUAAAUCACAUGAAACAAAACCACCUUCGAAUAACGGAGUGACCGAGUCAUCAAACGAUAAUUCCACAAAUGCCCGUGGCUGCGGAAAUUGCAUUUUCAAUUUCUACAUAUCUGUUGGAUGCAAAGAAAAGGGAAAUUGCCCAAAAGGUUCAAGAGUUAUGACAAAUGUACCAACAGUUAAUCAUAACGUACGACAAGUUACAAAUAGUGAGUUCAUAGACAAUUGGUCGAAUGCCAAACGAGACCCUACUAAAUGGAAUAAACAAGCGGUUUCUGAUGAUAAUGUACUCAAGUUUUCACAAGAACUUGCUGACAAGUGUCCUGAUAAUUCUCCUGAAUGUUCAGAGUCAGCGGAAAUUAAUAAUCAUAAUUAUAAUAAACCUAUUUAUAGAAACGGGGAUCUUCCAAUAGUAAUUAGAACUUACAAUCAGUCGGUUAUUAAUGGGAAUGAUAAAUUUUAUCACAAUAAUAAUGGGUUUGAACGAUUUGGUAAUCACUCAUGGGUUUUGAGGAAAGUAAAAAGAAUCCCGAAAGAAAAUCUUUUUGCUUUAAGAAAUUCGGCAAGUAAAAAACAUGUUAAAGGCGAAAUGGGUAAUUGGUUAAGAAGAAGACACGUGAGCUCUUCAGUAAAAAAUAAUGAAAAAGUCAAAAAUAAUAAACGUAUUUAA